ACAAAAGCCGAAAGCGAGGAGGGCGCCGACCGCACACUGUGGCCGGGAGAGGGACAGUUGGCUCCGCCAGCCGCGGGCGCUCUGAGACCCUAGCGCACGGGGCAUCUGGGCGGACAGUUAGCAUGGGGAAGGGAGGUAACCAGGGUGAGGGGAGCACGGAGUGCAAGACUCCGAUGCCCACCUUCCGCUGGGAGGAGAUUCAGAAGCACAACCUGCGCACCGACCGGUGGCUCGUCAUCGACCGCAAGGUCUACAAUGUCUCCAAAUGGUCCCAGCGGCACCCGGGGGGCCACAGAGUCAUCGGACACUAUUCAGGAGAAGAUGCUACGGAUGCCUUUCGUGCCUUCCACCUGGACCUCGACUUCGUGGGCAAGUUCCUGAAGCCCUUGCUGAUUGGUGAGCUGGCCCCAGAGGAGCCCAGCCUGGACCGUGGCAAGAGUUCCCAGAUCACCGAGGACUUCCGGGCCCUGAAGAAGACUGCCGAGGACAUGAACCUGUUCAAAACCAACCACCUGUUCUUCUUUCUCCUCCUGUGCCACAUCAUCGUCAUGGAAAGCAUCGCCUGGCUCACCCUCUCACACUUUGGCAAUGGCUGGAUUCCUACCCUUAUCACCUCCUUCAUCCUCACUACCUCUCAGGCCCAAGCUGGAUGGCUGCAACACGAUUAUGGCCACCUUUCUGUCUAUAAGAAAUCCAUAUGGAACCACAUUGUCCACAAGUUCGUCAUCGGCCACUUAAAGGGUGCCUCCGCCAACUGGUGGAACCAUCGACACUUCCAGCACCAUGCCAAGCCCAACAUCUUCCACAAGGAUCCAGACAUAAAGAGCCGGCACCUGUUUGUCCUUGGCGAGUGGCAGCCCCUUGAGUACGGCAAGAAGAAGCUGAACUACCUGCCCUACAACCACCAGCAUGAAUACUUCUUCCUGGUCGGACCACCGCUGCUCAUCCCUGUGUACUUCCAGUACCAGAUCAUCAAGACCAUGAUUGUCCGCAGGGACUGGGUGGACUUGGCCUGGUCCAUCAGCUACUAUGUGCGUUUCUUCUACACCUACAUCCCUUUCUACGGCAUCCUGGGAGCCCUGGUUUUCCUCAACUUCAUCAGGUUUCUGGAGAGUCACUGGUUCGUGUGGGUCACUCAGAUGAACCACAUCGUCAUGGAGAUUGAUCUUGAUCACUACCGGGACUGGUUCAGCAGCCAGCUGACAGCCACCUGCAAUGUGGAGCAGUCCUUCUUCAAUGACUGGUUCUGCGGGCAUCUCAACUUUCAGAUUGAGCACCACCUCUUCCCCACCAUGCCACGGCACAACUUGCACAAGGUCGCCCCGCUAGUGAAGUCUCUCUGCACCAAGCACGGCAUCAAGUACCAGGAGAAGUCACUGCUGAGGGCCCUGCUGGACAUUGUGAGGUCCCUGAAGAAGUCUGGGGAGCUGUGGCUGGAUGCCUACCUCCAUAAAUGAAGAGGCAGUCCUCAGGGCACCCCUGGGGGAGGGGCACAGCUGGAGUGAGGGCCAGAGGGAGGGGAGGGCUUUUGUUCUGAAGGGUUUUCAUGAGACUAAAGUGUCCACUGGCUCACGUUCCCCAUACUUGGUCUUGCAUCCUUUCUUGUCCUCCCCACCCCCCCCCAUCCUAUCCUCACGGGGUUCCCCCUUUGUCAGCCCUAGCCCUGUGCCCUCUGCCUCUGCCUCCCAGGUCCUUCUCCCAAAGAGCGGGAGAGAAGUGGCUGAAGCUAGUGGUUGCAUCUCUGCCUCUAACUUCUGCACCUAAAAGACCCCUGGUAUAAGACUCUGCUCUUGGCAGCCUAGCCGUCAGACAUUAAUCCUCCCUUCCUUGUCCCCACAGACCCGCUCUGUGGAGCAGGGUCCAGGACUUGGCUCUAUACUCCCUGCCAGCCUAUGGUCUGGUUGUUUGGGUGAAGACAUAAUUUGUGUUCUGGGUGUCCUUCCCUUGGCUGGGAUUGGUAUGUAAGGGCCUCCCUCUGGCUGCCCAGGGCCAGCUUAGACUUCGAGGCCCAAGGAAAAGUUCUCCCAUGCCCACCAUCACAGCUCCAGGCCCUGGGGUUGUGCAGAUUCUAGUUCACCAUCUACCCAACUCCAGAGACCUUGUGUGGGCUCAGCACGAGAUGCUUCUUAAUUCAAAGCCCCAAGACCCUGGGGUGGGGGUCAGACCUUUUUUCAAAUCCUCUGGCCAGUCCCUAGAGACUGGAAGAUGUGGACCUUGCAGGAGAGCCUCCGAGCUGCUCUCCCCAGGACAGGGUGACCAGCACGGCCAGCAUGGCCAGCACUUGACCGCUCACUGCUUCUUUCCUAUUUUUACAAUGUUUGUUUGUUUUAGAUGUUGUUGUCAUAACAUUUCCUACAGAAUGCAUUUUGAUAGGAGGGUAAGAGAGGGCUGGGCUUGAGGGUAAUCUAGAUGCCCCUUGCCAGGCUCCCCCAAGGCCCUUCGGGUAGAGCUAGGCUUCGCCAUCAAGGCCAUACUGUAAGCUGUGGCUUGAAGCUGCUGCUAUCAGGUUAGGAGAAACAGGGUGGGGUGGCGUCUCUCAGGAGGGCCAUUGGGAAUACCCAGCGAGGAUCAUGCAAGAGGGUAGAGGGAAGGGGGAGGUCAGGAAGGCUGAAGGUAUGAGGGAUGUGUGAGGGCG